AUGAGUUCAACAGCUGUAACUCCAACAUCUAUAGUAUAUGGAACAGUAUCGACAAAUCGUUUAUCACCAAAUCAAAAAUCGAAAGCAAGUAUAUCAUCAUCAUAUAUGUCAGAUUCAUGUAAUGGAAUAGAAGAUGAUAAAAAUAAUGAUUUACGUGAUGAAAAUCAGGAUGUAUCAUUGUCUACUAAAUUAAAAAAACAUGUUGUACAAAUUUGGUUUCAAAAUACUCGAGCUAGAAAAAGAAAAGAUAAUAUUAAAUUUGAUUCAAAUCAAUUAUUAGAUGGUUCAACUAUUAAUAAAAAAUGUAUUCAUUGUUCAUUAACAUUUAAAUUAAAAUCAACAUUUGAAAAUCAUUUAUGA